GCAGUAAAAAUUGGAGUAACAGUUGCUUACAGUUUUAUACUUUGUGUUUCGUUGGUUGGAAAUUUUCUCAUCGUAUUAAUUGUUUACAAAACACCAACUUUGAGAAAACCGAUAAAUAUGUUGAUCGCAAACAUGGCCAUGUCCGACCUGCUCUUUCCAAUAUUCCUGUUCCCCCUUCGACUUGCAGAGUUUCACGUUGGCUCGUGGAUUAUUGGUGGUGCCCUUGGCCAAGCUUUAUGAAAGCUACACAUCUUUCUUGCAAAUGUUUCUGGGGUAGUAUCGAUACAGAGCCUGGUUCUGAUAGCAGUGGAUCAAUUUGGAGCCGUCGUAGUUCCACUCCGCUCUCCUCUCAUAACUAGAAAGCUGUGUCCAUUCUUUAUUAUCGUUACGUGGAUCACCGCUAUGGCCGUUUUUUCGCCACUUCUUGUUGCAAACAAACUUGUUAAAUACCGAGAACGACUGAUGUGCGUACGUCUGUGGAUGGAAUUCUUUGGAGGAAGCAAGUUUGCAAAUUACUUCCUAGCAGUUGCUGUCGUGUUUCUCUGCAUCCCCUUUGUCCUCGUGAUGAUACUUUACUCUAUCAUCUUGAUGAAGCUUAAAAUGCAAACCCAUCCAGGUGAACAGUCAGCCAACGCUGAAGAAAAGCGCACCAGAAGAAACAGAAACGUGCUUAAGAUGGCCACGGCCAUCGUUGUAGUGUUUUUCAUUUUCUGGAUACCCUAUUUCAGUAGCGCGGUGAUAGUUAAUUUUGGUGCACCGGACAGUUCCAUCUCGUUUUCCUGUAGUUUUUAUCUGUUCUACACUGUCACCAAUUACAUGAUUUACGCAAACUUUGCUAUCAACCCGAUCAUCUGCCUCACUUUUAGCAGU